AUGUCCCUGAUGAUAACAUGUAUGAGAGCGUUCACGCUCGUCCUCUCCAGGUAUCCGUGGCACUUCAAAUCUGUAUAUCGACUAGCACACAUCUACUUCUAUUGUGAUAGGUUUAAAAAUAUAGAGCACUGCAAAGAGUUGUUGUUGGGCAACAAUUUCAUCCUCCCAUACAACAACUUCAAAUGCGUUGGACUCUUUCAUGACAGGAAACAACAUAAUCUAUUCAAUGGAUUGUGGCGACUUCCAUCUUCUGACCUAGACAGGUGUGGUUCUUUCUCCUCACAUCUCCAUCGCUGCAUCAAGUUACUGCUGGACGUGCUCCAGUACACAAAUGAUGCAAAGAUGCUCUUCAAUCUGCAUCUGCAACUCAGCAGGUGCCCUGAAAAUGCUGCCAAGUAUGUGCUCUUCUCUCUCUCUCUCUCUCUCUCUCUCUCUCUCUCUCUUUCAUUCUCACUCAUUCAAUUUCAUUGUUCUUUAUUAACUGCUCUAUUAUUUUUGUAA